AUGUUCCGCCUCCGCGCCCUGCUGCGGGCGUGCCCUCCGCUGCCCCGCGCCGACGAGCAGCGUCUGCGAGGACUGCUGCGCGAGAUUGCGCAGACGCCUCCCGGCGACGACGUGCUGCCCGCGCGGCUCGGAAAGUCGCUCAUGUCGGCCUACGAGGCGCUGCAGCCUCCAGGCCGGUUGGGCUUCCUCUCCAUCCUGGCGCGCCAAGAUGUGGACCUUUCCACCGUCCGUCGCAGCUGCCAGAACCUCCUCGCCGCGGAGGAUGACUGCCGCGCCGCUGCGAGCCUGCGCGCACGUGGCGCUCUUCGCGAGGCCCUCGAGCCGCCCUCGGAGCGCAUCAUCGGCCGGCUGGCGCAGCAGCCGGGCGGGCUGCGCUUCCUCGUGGCGAUGCGUGCCGAUCUCCUCUCCGCGCUCGCUCAGCGCGGACCCUUCGCCGAGGCCGCACCUCCCUCUCCCUCUCUGUCUCCUCCCGCCGCCGGCAGCAGCGCGGCCACCGCCGCUGCAGCCACCGCCGCUGCAGCGGCUGCCGAAGCGGGUUCUGUCGCGUCUCCUCUGCGCCGCCGCCCUCCGCCUCGCCGCCCGCCGCUGCCGCGUCCGCUGCGCCGCCGCCGUUCGCCCCGACAACGGCCGCCUUCUACUCGAUCUCGUCGCCCUUCUCCGGCUUGCGGGGCGUCCCUGUUGGCGGGCUGCUGAUCAAGCAGGCGGCAGCCUCGCUGGCGGCGGCGGAGCCGUCCCUGCGCACCUUCGUCACUCUCUCGCCGGUGCCUGGCUUCCGGACGUGGCUGACGGGCGCGGCUGGCCCGGCUGCGCGCCUCCGGGGGCGGAGGCGAGGACUUGAGUGGGGAGGGCGCCGCGCUGAACGGGCUGCUGCAGGCUUGUGCUUGGCUGCACCUCGGCUGCGCCUCGGCUGUUCCUCGGCUGUGCUUCGGCUGUUUCUCGGCUGCACUUCGGCUGCACCUCGGCCGCACCUCGGCUGCACCCCGCCAGGCCCUCUCUGCAGCCGGCCUCGACGAGGCCGCCCCCUUCUCCGAGCUCGGCCCGCUGCACGGCCCAAUCUCCACGGGCGGCGUGCAGUCGCCGGAGCAGGUGAAGGCUGACCCGGUGCGGCGGUCCCUCCUCGGCUUGUGCGCGCGCUACCUGUGCCGCGCCACACAGCGGCAGCGCGCGCUCGACCCGGGGGCUGGCUUCCACAUGCGAAACGGCGCGGCGCUGAUCGCCAUUCACUGGGCAGCCAACCCGUCCUUUUUAGGGUUAGAGGAGAGCGCCUCUAUCAUGGUCAACUACCACUACGACAUGCCCGAGGUUGAGGCGCGCCACUCCGCCUACGUUGCGAAAGGAGUCACCGAGCUCGCCGCCUCGCCCGAGGUGUGGCGCCUCGCGCACGCCUCCGGCUCUCUCACCUGAGCAGGAGAUCGACGGUUAUGCGGCGAUUCCAACGCUUUCCCUCUGCUGGGACCGCCGCGCCUGGAGCUGGCUCCUGGCAGUGGGGUUCCACUCUUUGUACCACUCUGAUUGUUC